AUGCCUCAAGCUCAGCCCGAGUUGAAGAAGUACAUGGAAAAGCGGGUAUUUUGCCAACUGAACGGCAACCGCAAAGUCAUUGGUAUCCUGAGAGGUUACGAUGUAUUCAUGAACAUCGUGCUCGACGAGGCUUUCGAAGAGAAGCAGGGUGGGGAGAAGGUCGCGAUUGGCAUGGUGGUCAUUCGCGGUAACUCAGUCGUCAUGCUCGAGGCUCUGGAACGUAUAAGCGACAAAUAA